AUGAGAGACACUUUUCUCCCUCUAAUCAUUUUCUCAGAACGCUACACCAUUCAUAUUCUGAGUAGAUGCCUCCCUUAUAGUUUUGCCACAUUACCUUUGCUUUUACCUCCUACUUUGAUGAGGGAUGAAAUCUUUAAGCCUAGAGUAGAGUUUCAGAAAGUACAAGAAGAACAGCGACAGUUUUCAUUUACCUUGGAAGCAACAUCAAAAAGCUAUAGCACAGAUACACUAUUCACAGCAACAUACAGACAUAGCGUAGUUAACUUAGUUGGAGCUCGUUACGCCAUGAACUAA